GCCAAGUGAUUGCGAGAGGGAGAGGGCUAGGUGGGGAAGGAGGGCAAUAGCGCAGGGGGCCGUGAUGUUGCUGGCUUGGAUUCCUCUGUUACCAAGGAACAGCGACAGGAAGAAGAGUGUUUGUGUCAGUACGAGUCUGUGUGUGAAGAGCAAGGAGCUGCAUGUGUGUGUGAGGGACAAAGAGUGAGAGCAAGCGGGUGCAGCUUAGUUGGUGGUGGUACAGGGCAGAGAUCGGUUGCAUUUGUGCAUGUGUGUGCUCGCACUCUUAAAAUAAAUGCUAAAAAAUCAUGGAGGUAUGAGAGAGACCAGGAGACCGCAGGGACAGAGCCAGUCCAGCUGUGUGGUCUGCUCGGCCCUGCGGUCAUGUACGGCACACGAAAGACCUGGGAUAUCGGCCACCCCCCCUGCCUGCAGGAACUCUGGAACAAAGACCUCUUAUUGGACGCAAGUUCCCAGGAUAUCCUGAUGAGUGAUGGUGAGGAGGAGAGCUCCUUUCUCUCGUUGCCAAACUCUGUUCUUCAGCGCCACUGUUUACCCUCUGACCUCUCUGAAACACCCACCUCUGACCAGCAGCAGCUACUAAUACAGACGCUGCAAGAAAGAGUUUGUGAGUUCCAGGCACGCUUGCGCAGCGAAGACACCGCUAAAAGACUCCUGCUACAACACCUGCAGACACACGACCACCAGCUUAACCUAGACAACCACCAUAACCAAGAACAUCCAUCCUUUAACUUAGAACCUCAAGAGCAGCCCAGACUGCAGGGCGGCCAACUCAUCCAAGCUGUAUCCCCUACAGGUGUGAGGGGCUCUAGUGCUUUGAAACUAAGGCCUGUGGAUUUUUCCAGCACUGUACAAGGGAAGGUUCACUCACAGGAACAGCUGCAAAAAGAAGAGGAGGAACAACUCGCUCUCAUUGCAGGGCUUCGCACAAAGGUCAAGGAGCUGGAGGAGAAACUUGUGGAUCAGACGCAGGAGGUGGAGAGACUGCGUUCUGAGCUGGGGGCGACAGAUCUGGAGAAACAGCUUGAGGUGCUGGAGAGUGAAAACCAGUGGCUCAAACAGGAGCUGAGGGUCAAUCAUACCCCACAGCCCCAGAACACCUGCUCUACUGCCUCCUGUCCACGCAGCCAGGAUGUUGAGGCUCUGCGUGAUGAGCUGUGUCGUAAGGAGGAGGAGUGCCGUGAGCGGGAGCGGCGACUGGCUGCGGUGGAGGUGCAGGUGCAGGAGAGAACAGGUGUGAUAAUACAGCUGCAGCAGCAGUUAGAGGAGGCUACACAGUGCAGACAGGAACUGCAACAGCAGCUGGAAGAGGCGUCACAGCACAGGAGUCAGAGUGAGGAGCAGCUGACCUCACGACUUCAUGAUGCUGAGGAGGCUCUGUCUCGCCAGGCUGCACUGCCCCCACAGUAUGUGACCAAGACGGUUGAGGUGGAGUCGUAUCAGUGUAAGCAGGCUUUAACAGAUGCUCAGGCCCAUAACCAGGCACUUCAAGAGCAGUUGGGUGUGCAGAGACAGCUCCUCAGAGAGUUAGAACAGCAGCUACACGAGUCCCAGAUGACAAGCAGUCAGCUACACCAGCAGAUCCUGGUGUAUGAGGGUGAGAUGGAGAGAGCUCAGGGUCAGCUGGAGGCAGAGAUGCAGAGUCUGGAGGAGGAGAAGAACAGAGUGAUCGAGGAAGCGUUCAUCAGAGCUGAGAGUGAGAUGAAGUCUGUGCACGAGAACCUAGCAGGUGUGCGGAUGAACCUCCUGACUCUACAGCCGGCCCUGAGAACCCUCACCUGUGACUACAACUGCCUGAAGAGACAGGUGCAGGAGUUCCCUUACAUGCUGGUGAAAGCCAUUGCAGAGGCAAAGCAGGAGAUCUGUCAGGUGAUUGGAGAGGUGAGCAGUGCAAACCAAGAAUUGCUGCGGAAAUACAAGAGAGAGAUGAAUCUGAGGAAGAAAUGCCACAAUGAACUGGUGCGCCUCAAAGGCAACAUACGUGUGUUGUGCCGAGUACGCCCCAUCUGCCCUGGAGAAACUGAUGCUGCUGACACCAAAAACCUAGUGACCUUUGACCAAGAUGAUGAUGCUGUUCUCUACCUAUCCAAUAAGGGCAAGCUCAUGACCUUUGAACUUGACAAAGUCUUUCCCCCUCAGGCUACUCAGGAAGAGGUGUUCCAGGAAGUGCAGUCUCUGGUCACAUCCUGUAUUGAUGGCUUUAAUGUGUGCAUCUUUGCCUAUGGACAGACAGGCUCUGGAAAGACCUACACUAUGGAGGGCGUACCUGAGAACCCUGGCAUUAACCAGCGUGCACUGCGGCUGCUGUUUGAUGAAGUGACCGAGAAGAAGCCUGACUGGGACUAUAAGAUCACCGUCAGCAUGGUGGAAAUCUACAACGAGACACUUCGGAAUCUUUUGGGCGAUAAUCCCAACGAGAAGCUUGAUAUAAAGAUGUGUCCGGAUGGUAGUGGACAGCUGUAUGUGCCAGGACUCACCGAAUUCAGAGUGGAGAGUGUGGAGGACAUCAACAAGGUUUUUGACCUGGGUCACAUGAACAGAGCGACAGCGUGCACUAAUCUAAACGAGCACAGCUCUCGUUCACAUGCUCUCCUUAUCGUCACAGUAGCGGGUUUCAACUCUUCAACCGGCCACCGCACUUCAGGUAAGCUGAAUCUGGUGGAUCUGGCCGGGUCAGAGCGAAUUGCUAAAUCUGGUGCAGAAGGCAGCCGUCUGCGUGAAGCUCAGUGCAUCAACAAAUCACUGUCGGCUCUGGGUGAUGUCAUCAAUGCCCUGCGCUCCAAACACUCACAUGUGCCCUUCAGGAACUCUCGCCUCACAUACCUGCUGCAGAACUCACUCAGUGGAGACAGCAAGACUCUCAUGAUGGUGCAGGUGUCUCCUCUAGAGAGUAAUGUCAGUGAAUCAGUGUGCUCUCUGAAGUUUGCUCAGCGUGUUCGGACUGUUGAGAUCGGCCACUCAUCUUCCUCACGACGUCAAGCAGAGAACUCCUCAACAUCCUCCUCACCUACUCACGACAGUGUGGAGCUGGACUCUCCUCCCGUGACUCCUGUCCCACUCCCCAUCUCAAGGACCAGUAGUGCUGGUUCGACCCUCUCCUCCACCUCUAAAUCCCCCAGCACUCGGUGGAGGUCCCACAGUCAGCUUUCAACAGAUAGACAGGUAGACAGAAGCAGCCCCUUGGCUGGUGACGGUGGGCAGGACGAAUGAAUUUAACAGCGUGAUAACCACCUCAAAGGGGACAUACUGAGUGCUGUCAUUGGUCCUCCAAUCCUCUCAAGCAGUCAGAUUAUUUGAGGAUUCUACCAAUAACAGACCUGCAUUUCAUACUUAAUGAGAAGGGGAGGAGCUUAACCGGAAUACCAGGGUUCAUGUAGGGAACUUUUAUAACAGACACUAACUAAAGAGACAUUCCUUUUGAUCAGAAUGAUUUGACGUGAUUUAAGAUGAUAUGUGAUUCAAGAUAAUGACCUCUCAACACCUGCUGCCUCAGGACGAGAAGACCCUUCAUUACGGCAAAAUAUUUCUGUACAAUAAUGCACUUUAGUCUAGUCUAAGCUGUUAUUUGUAGUGUUAUUGUUAUGCAAAAUUGAUUUAAAAAUGCUUCAAUGUAUGUGUUUGUAUAUAUUGUGUCUAAUAUAUUUUUUAUUUUUCACAAGAUCUUGAAGAGAGCAUGUUCCUUUCCUGAGAUUGUUUUUUUAUUAUUUUUGGAUUUUAGCACAAUUUCUUUCAUGCAAGAACAGUUUAUAUUUCUACAACUGAUAAGCUUUGAAAAUUGUAUUUGAAUGGUGGCAAUAAGAAAUAAUGGAAAUGCAAAAUUUGGUUUUCUCAAUUGCAUUUUGUCUUGGUAUAUAAAAACUUGUAGGCCAUUCAAAGCCUGGACCGUCUUCCUAAUUCAUGCAUGUCUCUCAGUGUGCUCUCAUUCAUUUUGUGCAGUAAAGUCAGACCAUGAUGUUAUACAGUGUUUGCUAAACUCUGCUAGUACACAGGAAGACGACUUGUUAUGUAAAUAGAAAUGCAUUCCAUAUGACCCCUCACUAAGCAAGCAGUACAUCCUCAGUGUACAGCUUCUGUUCGUGGUUCUGGGGUGUUGCUUGCUUGUAUUCACAUCAGUUUAUGUUUGUAAGCAGUUUUGCUUUUGUACACUGUUUUUAAUAAAUGCUCUGAACCAACCUUUGCAAAUAAUUGUUCUU